CAACCCAAUCUUUCUAUCCUUCUCAUCUCCACACAAGAAGAGCAAGAAAAUUUGGGAAACCCCCCUUCUCCCAACCAAAAAAAAAAAAAAUCCCAGAAAACCCAAAAGAGUUCAUACCUUUAGGGUUCCUUCACAAGCUUGUAGAUUUGUAUUUCUUUUGUAAUAAAAAAAAAAAUUCAAAAGCUGCCUGUACACCGAUCUUAUCCUCCUCUCUCUUGGAUCCAAUUUUUUUCAGAUUAGUACUUGGAGCAUCUCCUAGACAAGUGAAAAAUGAUCUGAAAGUUUUUAUGUAUUUGAUAAUUGACAUAGUUGUAGUCAGAUAUAUUCAGCAGAAUUGUUGUCUUUCUGAGAAGCUGGUUUCGGUUAGAUUCGUAUAUAGUUUGGAUACAAUUUGGAAAUUUUUGACUGGAAGAGGAGAGAAAAAAAGUUGAAGCAUGGGUUACAUGUGUGAUUUCUGCGGGAAUCAAAGGUCCAUGGUGUACUGCCGGUCUGAUGAUGCAUGCUUGUGUUUAUCGUGUGAUAGAAAUGUUCACUCUGCAAAUGCCCUCUCUAGGCGUCACUCGAGAAUACUUAUUUGCGAUAGAUGCAAUUCGCAACCCGCAUUUGUAAGAUGCACAGAAGAGAGAAUGUCUCUUUGUCAGAAUUGUGAUUGGAUGGGUCACGAAGCAUCUACCUCAGCUUCCAUGCAUAAGAGGCAGGCACUUAAUUGUUACACUGGCUGCCCAUCAUCUGCCGAACUGUCGUCUAUCUGGUCAUUUGUAUCAGAAUUACCUUCUAACGGAGAAUCUGCUUGCGAGCAGGAAAUGGGAUUGAUGAGCAUCGCUGACAACAGCACCGCAACCGAUUGGAACCAAAGUGAAAGUAACACCAGGCAAAAUGCAUCCGGUGCAGAUGAAGUGAAUGCUACGCAUUCCAUGCAUAAGUCUGGUGUUCUGGUUGGUUCCCCUUCGUUGCCUGAACGUAAUCAUGCUCGUCAUGUUGUUGGCCAGCUGUCUGGAUCUGUAAAUGCUUCAUUGCCCAAGCUGUACUCUCAUGGGCCCAAAGGUUCUGGACUCCCUGAAGAUGAUGACCUUUGUGAUGGUUUCGAUAUGGAUGAAAUGGAUUUGAAUCUUGAAAAUUAUGAUGAACUGUUUGGUGUAUCUUUCAAUCACUCCGAAGAGCUUUUCAAGAAUGGUGGGAUUGAUAGCUUGUUUGGGGCAAGGAACAUGUCCAGGGAUUAUCAAGAUGCGGUUGCUGCUGAGGGGUCUUCAGUUGGACUGGGAAAUACACCGCAGCCAGUGUACAGUAACACGGCAUCUGCUGAUUCUGUAAUGAGUACGAAAACUGACCCAAUUAUUUGCUUUCCGGUAAAACAAGCACAUUCAAACCUUUCAUUUUCGGGCGUUACUGGAGAGAGCAGUGCUGGUGAUUGUCAAGAUUGUGGGGCUUCCUCAAUGCUUCUCAUGGGAGAGCCGCCAUGGUGUUCUCCUUGCCCUGAGAGUUCCAUGCAAUCGGCUAACCGUAGUAAUGCUGUUAUGCGUUACAAGGAAAAGAAGAAGGCACGCAAGUUUGAGAAAAGGGUGAGGUAUGCUUCUCGCAAAGCAAGGGCGGAUGUAAGAAAGCGUGUGAAGGGCCGCUUCAUUAAAGCUGGUGAAGCUUAUGAUUACGACCCCUUGAACCAGGCCAGAACCAGAAGCUAUUGAUGAAAAGAUGUAUGAUUGUACCACAGGGCCUUGGUUUCGUCCGGAGAUAAGAAUUGAUGCAAACGGCCAGGUUCUGAUGCUUCGCUAAUAAAGUGGAGGAGCAACUUUCGAUUCUACAUCACGAUGACCGAUUGAUUGAUCAUGACACUAUCCAGAGCGUUUGUUUCCCCUUAUGUUUCUCUGGGAGAAGUUCAUCAGUUCAAUUGUUCUCCCGGGAGGAUUCACAUUGGUCUUCCAAACCAUUACUAUGCUUGAUGUCUCGAUUGUCCUGUUAUUAUAUUUUUUCGCCCUCCUGCUCCGAUAAAAGUGGCUGCCAAGGCAUCUUGGUGGCUGAACGCAUGUAGUUUCCAGACCAUUAGAUUAGCUGCGAUUGUUCUUUUUUUUCCCUUUUUUCUGUUCAUUUGACAUACACAGGAUCUGUACGUAUGCCGUUGAGAGUUAUGAGCUCUGACACAAGACCUUCGUAAGGUAAGACGUUAAACUCGGAACUUGUAAAUUUUUCGGUUUCAUUUUUGUUGGCCUGGGUAGACAAGAACAGGAUGGUUUACAUAUGCAGUUAGUUUGUAGUUAUGCCGAGGGAGAUGUUAUUCGCUUUUGUUGUCAUAAAAUGUAUAAGUAUCUGAACUGGACUUCAGUUCACCUUGUAAUUUUAGUGUAUCGUAUUCGAAACUGAUAAUGUAUUGUCAAUUUUGCGUUU